UGGGUUUCAGUCUAGUUCUCGAGGCGUUAUUUUGGGCUCAGAGUAACUGUCAGACUAUCUUCUGUUCGGGACCGUCGGUGAGUGUAGGGUACUGACGACUGUGUACACGACAGGACCGACUGUUCAGGUCAGCAGAUACAAUUAAGGGACCGCUGUAGCGUGCAGUGACGACCUAGGGCCAGUUCUCAGCAAGAAGUGCUGCGAAUAAUUACAAGUGCCACCAUAGGCCCAAGUUGGACCAAUCAGGGAGACAAAAUGACGUAUGACAUAGAUGACGUGUGUCGUUGUAUAACGGAUGACCUUUGAGGUAGGACCGUCCGGAAGCUUGGCUCCGUUAAGCCUCGCACACCAGAUCACUCUUGCUUCCUACCCUCAGUUCGCCGUACAAAACUGUGAGCAGAACAAGCUUGAGUCAACCAAGAGGCGAACUGCUGAGGCAGAGCACACACACAAACCACGCUUGAACGCAAGUGCAUCGCACGUCCAAGCUAGAACCUGCAGAACUAAAGAGGCGCUGUUGUCGAGAAAGGGAUACGGUGCAAAGAGACGAUCGGCGGGGGGAGAGGAGGAAGAGGAGGGAGAAGAGGAAGGGAGAAGGGUGGUGAAGGAUCCUCCUUACCAGUACCCAACUGGCUUGGUCGAGAUCGAUGAGCAGGAGCUAGCUCCGGCCGGUAACAUCUACGAUAGUUGGACAGCGACCCCCGGGGUCACUGGAGAAGCCUUGGACAACGUCACACUCACGCUCAAGUUUGAGGCCAUGGGGGCCCAGGACUUAACCGUCGGCCUGGCGCACAAGUCCGGAGGCAAGGGAGGCAUGUACCAGCUCAUCAUCGGCAACAAGGGCAACCUGCAAGUCGACCUCGAGAAAAGACAGCAGGGACGGCGUGGUGAGACCGUGGCAUCAUCGGCGGGGCUCCUCUGCGCUUCGAAGAGGGCACACCGGUACUGGGUCGCGGUGAAGCACGGCAGGCUAGACUUUGGGGUGGGGGAUGUCUGCGGGCAGCGCACCGUGCUGUCGUACCAGGACACGGAGUCCCCCGUUGAGGUUCGCUACGUGGGCUUCACAUGCCUGCGGCACAGGGCGGUAUUCCGCGACAUCAAGAUGGAGGCGGAGGCCGGCACCGGACCGCUGGGCUCGGCGGUGGAGACGGAGCUGGAGUUCGUGCGUGCGGAAGGGUGCGACGAGGGCUUCUCCGGAGAGGACAAGGAAUCUUUGGACGCGGCCUUGGAGCAGUACCAGCAGGAGUGCGAAAACAUGAAGAGGCGUGCUCGAAAAUUCGGUGGAGCGUAUUCGCCGCCCUUUCUGCAAGACUGGGUCCCGUGGACGUUGGUGAAACGGCUGAGCUGGAACAGGGACGCCCCAAUGGACGGAGGCAUCGACCGUGAGAGCAAGGAGGAGAAGGAGAAGCAGAAGCUUAGGGCCGAAAGGUUUGGAGGACCUGAAGCGGAGCCGCCGUCCUCCCAAGACCUCCAAAACCCCUUGGCGGCAACCGUGGACCCGGACGUGGCUGGAUUGAUGACCGACGAAAAGAGGUACGCACGGUCGCAGAAGUUCAACAUCUCGGACCAGAUGUGGAGCAUCCAGGCCGAGGAGCAGGGCCUGCAGCCCGGCGAUAUCUUCUGCGGGGACCCCGACAGGGCUGACCCGGAGCCGAUGGCGACGACUUUCCCCCACAAGAUCCAUGUCUUCAGCCUGGACAAGACCGUGUGCAAGCAGAUUCGGGACAACGACGUCAAGGCGUACUUCGAUGGCUUCGGCCCCAAGUACGUGGAGUGGCUUUCGGACUGGUCGUUCAACGUGGUUUUCGACGAUGCGGAGGGGGCCAAGAAGGCGGCAGCUGCCAAGUCGUUCGGCCUGCCGGACACCCUUCCCAAGGAGAUCGAGGAAUCGAUCGGCGAGGAGGGGGAAGCGGUGGUGGACUUGGGGGGCAUGGGGUGGAGGCUGGGCCUACCGAUGUGCAAGGUUAAGAGCGACCGCCAUGGGUCCAAGGGGCAAUGGGUGCGGCUGCUCCUGAGGUGCGCAGAGGCGCAGGAUAUCCUGCUGACGAGGCCGCAGGUGCCGGCCACUCCCGAGGGACCGCUCGUGCGACGCGCGGAGGAGGGCAGGUUACCCCCGGCCGUGCUCGCGGCACAAGGGUUGGCACGGACGUUUGACUCCAUGACACACAGGGAUGAAGGAAGACGGCGGGACACCGGAGGCCGCCGCAAGAGAGGACGAGGGAGCAGGGGUAGCGACGGGAACGGGGGCUACGGCGGGGACGGAGGCUACGGCGGGGCCGCCGGGCCUGAGGAGAUGAUGGGACAAGCUCUCAAAGCGCCACGCACUUCUUCGGGCCGCAGGAGACGGGGGAGACGCUCCGUCGAACGGCCCCGGGGCAGCGGGGACGCAGAAACGGGAGAGGGCGAUGCAGCAGCAGCUCCCGCUGCCGCCACCGCCGCCACCGUUGACGACGUUGCUCUGCCCCGCUCUCCCGCCGUCAAGUCCACCAUCACGGCGGUUAACGAGGGGGAGGACAGGGUUCAAAACCCCGUGUGAUGGGGAGAUUUUUGUUCCCAGGGUCCUUUGCCCGGUCACCAGCUGCGUGGUCUCUCUCCAGAGCGUGCAGCGCACGCGGGUUGGUGAUGACGUGCGUCUUGUCCCCAACGUCGUCAAGUCUACGAUAUCAAACUACGAGGGAGAUUUAGUGUGUAGCAUGUUUUUUGUUUGUGCAUGCCUUCUUGUGCCGUGCACAUGUUGUUGUGCAAUACAUCCGGGGUAAGGAGGAGUUGGUUCGGGGCUGUUGAGGGCAGGUUGAGAGCUGGUGGUUCAAUAGCUGUACUACCUGGAGAGAAUGGCGAUGAGAUUAUGUCGUAGGAGUGCUUCUUUCGUCGCAAAGGGGUGGUGGUGGGUUGCCGCUGCGCACUUGACCAGUCCUUAAGACACUCUGCUCGCUGAUUUGAAGAAAAGAAGGGGUGCAAAUACAAGUGGAGAAGAGAUUCGACCCGCACGAAGGACUCGAC